CACACUUGGCUUAAGCUUACUUUUUUUUGUAACAAAUUGUUAACCGGCAUAAAAAAAUAUGGAAAAGUUUAACAAGGCGCAACAAAAAAACUUAGCGGCCGCUCAGAAGUUGGUGGAGGCAUAUGCCUCCAGCUCCGAGGAUGAAGGCGAGCUUGACGAAAAACACAUACUCGAUCUGCUCUAUAAGCAUUAUCAAAGCUUGCCGCAAGGAGCUGGUAAAGCUACGGGAAAUAAACAAAAUGAUAAUAAUGCCAAUCGCACUGCUACAUUUCUGGAAAACACAUUGCACUCCGGUGCUGCGACAUGCCUAAUCUGUAUAGGCAGCAUACGGCGUGUAGAGUCCAUUUGGUCGUGUAAAAGUUGCUACUGCUUCUUUCAUCUCAAUUGCAUUCAACGCUGGGCAAAUGACAGUGUCAUGCAAAUGAAAGUCAAGGCCGAACAGCAGAACGGCAAUCAAGGACACUACAACCAUUUGGGCGAGUAUGUGCCGGCAAAGCGUCAGAAAGCUGCACACUGGUGCUGUCCGCAGUGCCGUACUGAGUACCAGCCAACGGAGCGUCCCACGCAGUACGAAUGCUUCUGUGGCAAGGAAGUCAAUCCGGCACAACAACCAUAUCUAGUGCCACACUCUUGUGGCGAAAUUUGUGGCAAGCUACUGCAGCCAAAAUGUGGUCACGAUUGCAAGCUGCUUUGUCAUCCGGGUCCGUGCCCACCGUGUGCCCAACUGGCCAACAACUCUUGCUUGUGUGGCAAAUCUCCUGCACGAUCAGUGCGAUGCCUUGAUAAAAAUUGGCAGUGCCAGCAAACGUGUCAGACGCUUUUGUCGUGUGGCAAGCACAAGUGCAACCAAAAAUGCCAUCGACGUGGCCAAUGCCCGCCUUGCAAUAGUCAGAGCUCUCAGCCUUGUAACUGCAAGCGUGAGGUGAAAGUUGUUAACUGCUCACAGCCCAAAUGGCAGUGUACUAAUGUUUGUGGCGCGCUUUACAACUGUGGCCAGCAUAAAUGCGAGAAGAUCUGUCAUUCAGCAGAUUGUGGCGGCGACUGUCCCUUGAGUGUGCGCAGCUGUCCUUGCGGCAAGAGCAAAAACGCAAGCGGCUGUAAUGAGGAGGUGGAAACUUGUGGCGACACGUGCCACAAAUUGUUAUCUUGUGGCAAUCACACUUGCACGCAACGUUGUCAUCGCGGGCCUUGCAACCAAUGUCUGGUGCGUACCACAAAAAAAUGUCGCUGUGGCCUGCAUGAGAAGGAGCUGCCCUGCUCCAAGGAGUUCACAUGCGAGGCCAAAUGCAAGCAGAUGCGGGACUGUGGCAAACAUGCUUGCAAUCGUAAAUGCUGUGGCUAUCAGUGUCCACCCUGCGAAAAGAUUUGCGGAAAGCAAUUGAACUGCAACAAGCAUAAAUGUCAAUCGGUCUGCCAUAAUGGCCCGUGUUAUCCCUGCAAAUUAGAAUCUCAGGUCAACUGCCGUUGUGGUAAAACUCGACGCAGCGUGCCCUGCGGUCGUGAGAGAAGCGCACGCAUCGCUUGCAUGGAGCUCUGCCGAAUAAGCUCCAAAUGCCAUCACGCCGUCAAGCAUCGCUGUCACAAAGGCGAGUGUCCGCCUUGUGCACAACCUUGUGGACAAACAAACAAAUGUGGUCACAUAUGCAAAGCACAUUGUCAUUCAGCCAUCAGAGUAAACAAAACUGCAGACGCCUCAAAUCGGGCUGCGGCAAAGAAGUAUGAGUAUCGACCAUUGCCGCAUCCACAAUGCGAGGAAGGCGUCAGCGUUAGCUGUAUAGGUGGACAUGAGCUAGCUACCUGGCCCUGUUGGAACUCCAAACCAUCCUCCUGCGCUCGGAAAUGUGCGCGCCAAUUGCGCUGUGGCAAUCACAAAUGCCAGCUUGUCUGCCACACUGUACCAGAUCCGCAGAGCAUGCUGCAGCAAGUGGGUUGUGCUAAUUGCGAGCAAGGCUGUGGCAUAGCUCGUACCAAAGGAUGCGAGCAUUCUUGCAACAAAGGCUGUCAUCCACCGCCCUGUGCGCCCUGCAGCUUCGUUAUCAAAAGCAAAUGCCACUGUGGCCUUAAUCAGAUUAUCUAUAAGUGCCAUGAGCUUUACAAUGAUGUGGAUGAAGAGCAGCAGCUACUGGAGCGUGGCGAAAAGUUGCGUUGCUGCGGCAAUCGUUGUCUAAAGAAUUUCGCCUGUGGUCAUCGGUGCAUAACUAUUUGUCACUCUGGCAAGUGUCCCAACCCGGAGCUGUGCCGCAAGAAAGUGCGCAUUUAUUGCGCCUGCAAGCGGCUUAAGCAGGAGAUUGCAUGCGACAAGCAUCGAGCAGGUCAAACCUCACUAAGCUGCGAUGACAACUGUCAGGCUGAGCGUGCCAAGGUUGAGGCUACGGAACAGCAGCAGCUGGCGCGUAAAAAACAAUUGGAGGAGGAAAAGAAUCGCAUCGAGCUUGAAAAAUUCCAGCAGAAAUUUGCCAAGCGCAAGCCUAGAGAACGCAAGACCAUUGAAGUGGAUCUUGAGCGCAGCAAGAUAGACUGGCAACGUUGGGCCAACUACAGCGUAGCGCUGCUCUUGGUGUUAGGAGCGCUAGGUGUUGCUUACUAUGCAGACAGCUAAGAGAUUAAACCAAAAAUUGAGAGCAAAGAGAUUAAGUUAAAAUAUACUAGUUUUAA